GACGCCAGACACGCAGCACCAUCCUGCCUACGACUGUGGUGCCCGUGAAGGACAGCCGGGUGGCACGCAGGGCGCUGGACCAGUCCAGCCGCUACGCAGACCUCUCCCUGGACGAGGCCACCCUGAUCAAGAGACUCAGCUGCAGGUUGGCACAUGAGAGGUGCAGGUGA